CUUGGCUUCACCUUUUGUUUUUAAGAGAUCGGCCUUUUCCCUUGGUUUUCAGCAACACACAACCAUCCUGGGUUCCCGUUUGCCGCACUGAUCAGGUCUAGUCUCUUCUGUCUCCCCUACCAUCUGGGAUCUUUCAUUCUGUCAUUCCUGAAGUCGGUGCAUAGCAGGAGUCAAAAACAAACAAAGAUCGCUCCAAGGGUGGAAAACAACCUCCCCCAAUCAUCAUCCCUCACUUCAGCCCUCGCUGUCUACUCCCUAGCCACCACAUCUCAUCCCGACGCGUUGGACAUGUUUCUGUCGUGACUUAUAUGAGGGGCAUUCGAUCCUCACUACGUUUUGGUCUGAGGUCACUUUCUCUCAUUCACCCCCCUCCGUCAUGUCUACCACAGCAUCUUUUCCCCGUCUACCGUCGCCGGUUGUGGAACAGUCAGGCUGGUAUCCCUCGGAACGAAGUGCAAAGUCUCGCCUCAGAUCCUUCUUCAGUAGGGCCAAGUCGCAAGACAAGGUCCCCAGACAGUAUGUCGAGACCUUUCCUCCUCACCCAAGUGUAGCACCCUUGGAGCACACAAAGAGAUCUCGCAGUACCACAUGGUCCAAGGGGCCUCUUAGACAACCGUCUAGGAAUGUCGCCGCCGACCCUCCUCCCUUGUUCCAUGCAUACUCCCAGGCAAGGAAGCAAGAGUUCCUCGACAUCCCAUCGUCAUUCACAGACACUCUCUUCCGAAAUGGCCACCCUCGACGGAACAGUGUUUCAAGUGAGACCCCGUCACGGUCGAGCUUGGACAAGUUCCCGGCAGAUGGUACUCUGCACAAACGAAACUGGUCCGGAGCCAGCAUCUGCUCUCUCAGCCAGAAGCUUUUCGUCCUGACCACGAGCGGUUACGUCUUGCAGUAUUCUGCCGAUGGGUUGAACGACCGUCUCCCAGAGAAGAUCCUGGAACUCGGACCUGGCUCGGUGGCCUUUGCGAGUGAUGCCAUCCCAGGUAAACACUGGGUGCUUCAAAUUUCUCAUGAUGGUGCUUCGGACCACGGUGCCGCUGGUAAUAAGGGCUCCUGGUCCAAGUGGUCAUUCAAGCACGCCGAUAACAAGAGGAUUGUCACCGAUCUUUUCCUCGUUUUUGAUGACGCCAGAUCUUUCAAGGAUUGGCUUCAGGUCGUUCGCAAGGAGAUUGCAGAACUCGGUGGUCUCGAGUAUCGUCCUGAUUCUAAACAUGAAGAUCAGAUGCUUCCAGAGCGUCGUUCCCUCAAGGCACAAAGGAGCCUUCCCAGUCUGCCUAAGUCAUCAUCACCAACUUCACCCAAUGACCUUCCUCCCCUACCACUCCGUAAUCCCUCUCGACAGAUCUCACGCUCAACCACCGACUCUUCCAUCCACACAUUGAAUGACCUCGACCAACUUCGCAAACCAUCCUUCUCCGACAGUCAAUCCAUUUCAACCACCCAUACCAGCUUCACCAGCUCUGUCAUGUCUUAUGGUGCAGAGUCCUUCACCAGUGUUGAUGAACCUCCACUCCCGGUUGGACCUCAAUCGCGACUGUCAACACCUACUCAGGAUGAUAUCGGGGAAUUGUCCAUGUACAUGGCCACACCUAGGAAAUCAAUCAGCAUCCCAAAGCGAACGACCUCGCUGGAAAACACCAACGAUAUCAUUCCCCACGAUCUUUUCGUGCAGAAGAACGAUUCUUCCAGCACCACCGGCACUUACAAGUCGAGACCAAUCUCCACUGUUGCUCCUCUCCCCGAACCGGGACAUAUCCGAAAGGUCUCUGCUCGUCAUCGAUAUGAUCUUCAAAACUUGCCGGUUCAACCUGCCACACCUGCACCUUCUCGACCCUCGAGCACACGAAGCCGGAGUUCGUCCCACACCUCGUAUAAUUAUAGUACCAAGGAACAUUCUCCAGAUGCACUUCACCGACGAGCUGUAUCUUAUAGCCUCUUCCCCAAGACUCCUCUCAGUGAUGCACAGGCUGCAGCCGUCCUCCCAUCACCACCUGCUACUACCCCAGGUGCCGCGUACGAGAGCAUGUGCAAUUAUCCUUUGACUCCAGGCUCUGAAGGGGACAAGUCUCGUCCUUCGUCGAGAGUCGGCAGGGUCUCUUCUUGGCGGAGCAACAAGAUGCUCUCUGUUGAUUCUCAGAUCGCUCAAUCAACCACAACCGAAGGACCUCAAAGGUCGCCUGUCGUCGCCGACUCUCAUUUCGACACUUGCUUUGGCACUCAAGUACACCCUGAUGCCGCUGCUCGUCGGAAGCUCUCCGACCAUAGUUCGAUUGGUAAAAUUACCACCACCACCCUUCAACCUUCUGCCAUGGAUGGCCCUGUGCCCAGGAUCGGCCAGCCUCCACGGAAGACUCGUCACGUCAAGGGCCAGAAGAGCAUGCCUGCCUUGCCACGAAGCGUGGUCAUGCAACCUCUAGGACCUCCACCCAGUGGUCCUCUCCCGGCGCUGCCCGCCGAAGCACCUCUUUCUUGUCUGCCCUUGAAGAAGUUGAGCUGCAUGUCGGGACCGGAGAGGAAGCCAAAGCCACCUCCCAAGCACAUGAAGGCAGAAUCUUCAGACGCUGUCAUGACACUACGAAAGCUCGGCAAGGAGCCUGCACCACCAAAGCCUCUCUCGUUGACUCUCAAGCCUCUGCCAGUGCCAAAGGCCAAGAUUGAAGGCGAGAAGAGUGCACCCCAACAUACGAGAAACAUGUCUUCGAUCUCGUCUGUCGGCAGUGUCACCGCUUGGCUCGCAAGUCCUCGCGUCGCUGAAUUCUCCGCCAAAUACGGCUUGGAUGACAGUGACAAAGAGAACGAAGGUGAUGGCAAAUUCUUGCAAGUCGCAUUGACCAACGGUGUGGGUUUUAGUGCCGAGUUCGAGGGUUACAUGUCCCCUUGAGUGUUGGUGUCAGUACCAUCCACCGCUGUCAAUGUAUAUUAUGAUUUUCUUGCUGGUCAUGAGUUAUGGCGUAUGGGUCACGAUUACGGGAUCCUGGUUUGAUGUUUAUGGACUCACGGAUGAUAUGAAAUCACUCAUGUUUAUGCGGGCAUUUUUUUGAAAAAACUUUUGAAAUGGAAACCGAAAUGGAACUGGAAUGGGACAAAGCAUGAAUGAAAUGAGACAACCACAGAACAGAACUGGAUGUUAUGAUUUGAAUUGUUACGGAACAGGGGAUUGGUGUUUUUGUUUUUUUGCAAGAGGUUCUCUCCAAAGGCAUUCACUACUUAUGCCAAUAAGUAGUAGUUUUUGCCUGUGCACAAUGGAUGCACACGAGAGAGACACCAAGAAGACCUGCUACUUUCCAGGUCUGGCGUUGAUUAAAGAGGGAUUGAUUUUGGGGAUGAUGAAUGAAU